AUGAGCCCGCGUGACCCGGCAAUUGCAGUGUACACCGUGACUCACCCCAUGUUUAUAUUUACGCAUUUAGACAAGGAGUCGCUCUGGCUAGCCAGACAGUCUCAAGCCGGACACCACGCACUGGUAGCUGUGGGAGCAGCAUAUGUCCUAGCGACAGAUGUGUUUGCAAAGGUGGAACAAGGCCUCCUGAGAGGUGUUCGCACUACUAGCAUCCUUGGAACAGAGUACAACAGGUUCUUCGGAGUGCCUUAUGCCGCGCCACCGGUCGGAGAUCUCCGCUUUCGGGCGCCACAGCCACCAUCCAACUGGAGCGGCGUGCGCGACGCGCUGUCGGAGCCGCUGCAGUGCCCACAGAUGUGGCCAGGGGAGAGCUCGGAGGACUGCCUGUACCUCAACGUGUAUGCGCCCGCCGGCGGUGUCAAUCUGCCCAUCAUGCUCAUGAUUUACGGUGGCGCCUUCCAGGGCGGCUCCAGUUCCACCAAUCUGUAUGGUCCAGACUUCAUCGUCGACCACGGGGUUAUACUCGUCACCUUUAACUACCGCAGCGGCGUCCUGGGGUACCUGAGCCUGCAGACGGAGGAGAUCCCCGGCAACGCGGGCCUCAAGGACGCGGUGGCCGCCCUGCGGUGGGUGCAGCGCAACGGCGCGGCCUUCGGGGGCGACGCGCGCCGCGUCACGCUGUUCGGCGCCAGCUCCGGCGGCUGCUCCGUGUCCCACCUGCUGCUCUCGCCGGCCACGCCAGGGCUGUUCCAGCAAGUUAUCAUCCAGAGCGGCGAGGCCAUAGCUCCCUGGGGGCUGGAGAGGAACCCACGAGAGAAGGCCUUCCGCUUGGCCGCUUCCAUGGGCUUCGAGACGGACGACCUGCAGGAGCUGACGCAGUUUCUCAAGGCGGCCGACGCGUUGGAGCUCACCGCGAAUGACUCGCGCGGCCUUUCCGACAUUGUGAGUGCUUCAUUCAUCUUUCUGUUCCUGUUAUCAGUACCAGAACUCCGAAAAAUUAUUCUUAACACAAUUCUUGCUACGGCGGGGGCUCUCGAAGCCCCCGAUAGCUGA